AUGACUCAGUUGUGGCCUGCGGAGGUGUCCGCCGCCUUCUGUGAAUGGGUUUGGCUGUGGCUCUGCGAAUCCUUUGGGGUCCUUGUUUUCCUUCCAUCUCCCUUCUGGGUAUGGGCGCCGACAUCAAUUUCGCAAACGAAAAAAGGAAUAUUGAAAUAUCUCUUAAGAAGGGGUGGGGUCCAGAUUUCCUUUACCCCAAUUGGUUUCCCAAGCGGUGAAAAACCAUACCUACCAUUGGGGUGGCAGUGGUUUUUAUUACAUCGCUGCGCCGUGUUCCUCCCCAGGCGCUUGGCGAAGCAAAGUGCCAUUAUAAGGUUCGCUCAAUGCCCCCGAUGCGUGCCCCAAGGAUCUUGUCUGAUUCAAUUUUUAUCCAAUAUGGAAUGA